CCAAUUCCACGCAAGAUCGGUGGAGCGUGGUUUGAAAUUAUGAUUUCAAUUCUGGCUAAAUGGACUUCUGCCUCCAAGCUUAUGAACAUCUUUGACGCUUACUUAACAUAAUCAUAACAGUAUAUUGUGAGCCCGACAUAAAUUUAUUAACGAAUAGGAGUCAUAUAUCCUCUGGGCAAAGUCUGUGUUAACGACGUUGACAUCAAGUUCAAACAACCUUUUAGAAUGAGUCAUGAAAGACAGUCUAACUCAACGAUCUCCAAUCCCAGCCUAUCGGGUUUGGCGCUAAAUCUAUCUCAGGCAUCAAUACCAACUGGACCAAUUCUUCUUCCAGCGUUUAUUUCUCAUGGAGCUGACGAAUUAUCGUCUUUUAUUGGAGAAAAUCCAGUAAACACAAAGACAUCUAUACCAGAAAGUGAAGAGAAAUCUCUCGACUCUGGAUCAAGUCUUGCAAAAAACACUCUUAUCCUGGAAGUAUCACCGCCUUCAGCUUGCUCCUUCAAACCGAUCGCUUCCACAACAGUCAAGUUAAAUCAGCGACCUCGUUAUGUUUUACCCCCGGAUAUAAACACUUUUUCAACUAGCACUCCAACCAGCAUUACCAACAUACCUCUCAAUUCUCCAAUCAAGCCAUCUUCAACUUUUAGACCAAACCAAUUACUUCCUCCAUUUCUCCCAAGUAAUCCACAGAAUAAUAUACAAACUGCACAACUUCCUGUAUUCAUGGAAACAACAGAUCAACAAACACAGUGUCCCAAUCAGAAUAUUGAUCCAACCUCAUCAAUAUCAUCUUCCGUAUUGAUGAGAACCACUUAUCAUCCAGUUGGAGCCCAUUGGUUCUAUUCUACAACUUUCGAAAAUAUAUCCGUUUGGUGGCCAUUUUCACGUCAUGAUUCAUACCAAAUUGAAACUGAGUUUUUCCGAUCAUGUUAUUCACAGUUUACAUCAGAAAAUUCACUAGCUUCUCCCAUUACCAAUACUACAUCGGAUAUGAAAGCAACAAUUGGAACUCGUGAAGUUGUUGUUCAAGUUGAUGGAGGUCGUUACGAUGUUCAUUUAACAAAAAGAGAACGUCGUUCAGUCUACUGGGACGAAUCACCAGGUCAAGUUAGACGGGCCACGUGGUUUUAUAAACCACAAGGUGAGUCACGUGUACUUCCAUUUUCGGAACGGACAUGUGACUUACUGGAAGCUCAAUACAAAUUAAGUGUGGAACAAGGUCAAUGGGGCAAACGUUUUGAUUUACCAUCAGAAGAUAAACGUGGUGGUAGUGAUGUAUUUAUUUUUAAUAGCCCACAAUCAAUGAUUCAGUAUUUAGCCUGGCCAUAUGAUUUAUCUUCAACAACGAACUCGGGAAAUGUUGUUGCCGGUACAUCGUCACCAUUUAUUCAUUUAGAUCCAAGUCAAAUAUCCCAAGAAAUGUCUUUAACUGGUCAAUUAUUCGAAGGACGUGUGUGCUACCUACAUCGUGGUCUAAAUGAACAGUUGAUGGAACAGAUUGACGAAGGAGAUUAUAAACCAAUUGAUCAGUUAUUUUUCAUUGUACACGGCAUCGGCUCAAUAUAUAAUUUGAAAGGACAAGGUUUGAUAGAAUGUGUUAAUGAUAUGAGAAAUACAGCUAAACAGUUGAGUCAAACGCACUUUCCACAUCAUCCGUAUCGUAUGGAGUUUUUGCCGAUUCUUUGGCACGAUGAAUUACAUUCGGAUACUGUGACUGGUUUAGACAAACAGUUGGAACAAAUCACUCUUGGUAGUAUACCGAAAUUAAGACAAUUCACAAAUGAUUCAUUAAUGGAUAUAUUGUUUUAUACAAGUUCUAAAUAUUCACAACUAAUUGUAAAUACAGUGGCUAGAGAGAUUACUAGACUACGUGAAUUAUUUAUUUCACGUAAUCCAAACUUUACCGGUAAUAUCUCUAUUAUCGGUCAUAGUUUAGGGGCUGUCAUAUCGUUUGAUUUAUUAUGCCAUCAAGCCGCUUAUAAUUCAUUAUAUACUACCGCAACUGAUCAAUCUCCAACAGUAUCGUUUUCUACAGUACAUAAUAAUAACAAUAAUAGAACAAUUGGUAGUACUUUUAUUACUAAUACAGAUUCGCAAUCGAAAACAAUCAAUGAUGUUGAUGAACUACAUAGUGAAGUAAAGGUCGACCAGUUUACACAUGAUAUUAUGAGUUCUUCCAAAAUAUCAGCAACUACUUUUCCUGCUUCUACGAUAACAAGUGUUACUAGUAGCAUUAGUAGCUGUAGUAAUGGUUCUACAACAAUGGUGACUGAUACAAACACUUCUCUGAAUAUUUCAUCAUUAUCAUCUGCCUCAUCAUCGUCAACAUGUCCGUCGAAAGAUCAUACUAAUGAUGAAAAUAAAAGUGAACAUAGUAUCACUAUGUCAGAUGCAGGACAAAAUGAUAUGGGUGAAUGGUCUGUUGUUGAUGAUUGCGAUCAUCAUCGUAACCGUUCAAAAUCCAAGCUCAAUAAUGAUAAUAAUACGAAUGGAAGCCAAUCACAGCCAAUGCUCAACUUGUCUCUAAAUAACAUCAGUCAACUUAACGAAAUCUUAUCACAAAAUGGAUUAAAUGUUGACCAAACACGUAGUAUACUUCAAUCAAUCUUAAAAUGGAAUAAAAUUAAUCAACUUAAAAGCAAAUCUGUUGAAGAUUUAGAAAAGGAAAAUAGUUAUCACGAUAUGCUGGUCAAUUCAAGUAUCAUUACUGGGCAAAUUUUACCAAACAUUGUUACAACUGCUUCAAAUUCAAUGUUGACGUCAUUUUGGUUGGAAAAUCAUUGUUUCUAUGCAAACCAGUGCAACAGUAACAAUGCUGGAUUUGGUAUUACACUGCCUAACUAUCCUCAAUUAGGCUUUCCUAUAUCUGGCUUAUAUACAUUAGGCUCACCGAUACCAUUGUUUUUAACUGCACGUGGUAUUAAAACGUUGAGUAGCGAAUUUCACUUGCCAACAUGUUCAACAUUUUAUAACAUAUUUCAUCCAUUCGACCCAGUUGCCUAUCGUAUGGAAACAUUGAUUGAUUCAGAAUUUCAGCAAAAAUCUGUCCUCAUUCCACAUCAUAAAGGUCGCAAACGUAUACACUUACAAUUGAAAGAUAAUUUAGCCUGGGUCGGUUCUGAAUUAAAAAGUAAAUUCUAUAAUUCAGUUCAAUCUACUUGGCGCAGUCUACAUGAAUUUGCAUUGGCUCAUAAAUUUAUUAGUGCCUCAGGUGAAUUAGGAUCUGGUUCUACUGCAUAUACUUGUGGUAACAGUUCAAAUGGCGAUGAAUUAGACGAUUAUGAAAAUGUUUGUAAUCUCACUGACAAUCGUAAUGAUGUUGUUACAACAACUUAUCGUAAUUUAACAACUCAUGAUUUAUCUUUUAACAGUCGACUUAAUCAAGGUAGACGUAUAGAUUAUGUUUUACAGGAAGCUGCUUUGGAAAGCUUCAAUGAGUACCUUUUUGCGCUUACAAGUCAUGGAACCUAUUGGGAUUCAGUGGACACUGUGUUAUUUAUACUAACAGAAGCAUAUUCCGAAAAAGGUAUAGCUCCUAUAAUGCCUGGUCAGAAGAAUGUGCCUGAAAAUACAAUUCAUGUAAGAGCAUUAUCACCUCUUACAUCUGCCGGUUCAACUUCUGUUCAUUCUAUGCUCAAUCCAUCUUCUGUAACAGCAGAUUUGUUAGUAAAUGUAAAUAAUGAUCAUCAGAUGCCUGCAUCUCAACAAGUCGAUCAUUUAGUUUCCUUAUCUUCUGUCAACCAAAAUCAACCUUAUCCUAUUACAACUACUGUAGCCAGUACUGUUUCUUCUAUUUCCAGGAUUUCCAAUAUUCAAGGUCAACUGCCACCAUCCUUACCAUACAUAACACCUCCCCCAGUAAUUCUCGCCACUACCACUAAUAAUAAUACUCAUUAUAUGCAAACUACGGUUACCGAUUCGUACUACCAGGUGGCAAUUAGUCAGCACUAUUCCUCUGCAGGUCCACCAUCAUCUCAUAUCUUCUCUCAAAAAUAUAUUGCUCCACAAAUUUCUGUUUGUAUGUCACAAGAGUUUUCAAAUACCGCUGGAAAUUAUAUGCAAACGCAAAAACAACAACAGUAUUCAAAUAUACCAGCUUAUGCUCAUCGUAAACAAAGUUCUGUGAAUAAUUCAACUACUAGUUCUUUUACACCUUCCAUACCUCCAUUUCAUUCAGCAACACCGCCAACCUCAUGCAUUUCUGUUGACCAUCCAAUAUGUGUUGUGCCAUCUAUUAUCCCUGAUCUACUUUGUACUCCUACUAAUAUAUUUAUACCAACAUCAACAGUAAUGGAAAAUACGUUUUGUUCAUCGUCUCAAAUGUUCCCACCAGUAUCUCAAUAACAGCAACAAACUCUGUGUUGAGUGUUGUUUCUUCUAUUGCUUGUUUUCAGCUAUCUAGCCUAUAUUGUCAAACGAAGAAGAUUUAUGUGAAUUUUUAUGGUGAUAGUUACUUUUGAGGCUGACGAUCUCUCAUAUGGGUACACAAGAUAUAAUCUGAAAAUCCUUAGUUAUUUAUGUUUUGUUGCUAACCUACUUUUACUCGGCUUCUUUAUAAUCAAAAUAGCUGUGAUUAACUUUAUCCCACUAGUUUUUUUACUCAUUACUUAUCUGGGUUUUUUUAAAUUCCCUUUCGUUUGAACUGUAAUGCUAGAUGAAGAGAGGACCGUUUUUAUUUGUAUUGUAAUUAUUAAAUAAGAGAAUUUACUUUGGAAUAACUUUUUUGCUCCUGUUACUGAUUGAUGAAUAUCUGUUGCUCGAUAAUGUGUGAAUUGUCCCAUUCUAUUUUUUGAAUGAUGCUGCUUCGUGAUGUGAAUAUUUGUAUCGGACGAGCAAUUAACAUUACCUAUUCAAUGAUUAUAUAUAUAUAUAUAUAUAUAUAUAUAUAUAUAUAUAUAUAAAGUUUUGUUUUUUUACUCAGUCAUAAUCUAGGUUAUCUUCUUUCUGUUAAACUAGUCAUGAGAUACUUGUGUGUCAGGAAUAAAAUACCUGUAUAUUAUAGAUUGUUGAGCCAAAAUAGUGAAAUGUGUUAAGUUCCAUUUGGUUUUUAUCGAUAUUGAUGUUUGGGUGGUUGUCAUGCUUGUUGAUUAUUAAGACUUGUUUUGGGGAUGGAUAUUUCCUUUCCUUUACUUUUUAAAUAUUUUUGCAGUGUGUUUAAGGCUUUGGCGGCAAAGAUCAUCAGCAUAUUGUAAAUGCAUGAUUUUCUAAGCUUUAUAUUGUUCAUCUUUUAGAGAUAUUACAUUCAGAAUAUAAUCUUUUGUCUGACCCUGGAUUUUUUUAACAGAUAGGUUAAGUAGGAUAGAGCCCUCAUUGCUUAUUUGUCUGACUUCUCUGUGUAUGGUGAAGUCGUUACUAGUGUUUCCUGGUAUCUGUUGGGGUUAUCCAGAAACUUGGUCAUUCAUGUCAUCAGGUUAUUUGAUGGAAAAGUCUCAAUUAAUGUAUCCAUGAUUAAUUGCUUUAGGAGAGUAUCACAGGCUUUUGUGACGUCUACAAAGAUAAUAAAUAUCAUUUGAUUCUCUUCUCAGGAACAUUGUAUAGUGUCUCUGAUUGUCGUAAUAGCGUGAGUAAUGCUAGGUGUUUUCUAAAACCAUAAUUUGUCGGUAGGAGUAGUUUAUCUGUAAGUUGGGAUAUUUUGUUGCAAAAUAUACCUCUAAACAGUUUCCCAAUUAUAUUCAGCAAGAAGAUACUACCAUAGUCAUUGGGGUCAGAUCUUUGCCCUUUGUUCAUAUAUACGUACUCGCCACUUCUGCAUUCAACUAGUAAUCUGGCAUAGUACUCUAGUUUAUCUCGAUUUUGUUCAUUAUUUUUGGUAGUAUGUUAUUUAUUUCUCUGGUUAUGCAACAUUUUCCAGGGUUUUUUUACGGUUUUUCAUCUUUUUUAAACUAAGUUUAGGAUGUUGGGUUGUACUCAUCGGUAAUUUGAGUGGUUUUGGUUUAGGUAUUUUCGCAUUAAAUAGAAUACGAUAGUGAAAUUGGAGAUCACUAUCUUUAACUUGGUUAUCUUGCUUUCUUUUGAAGGCUUGAUUACUUAUUGUAGCUAAGAUAUCAUCCAGCAUUUUGCAUACUAAGUGUCGGUCAUUCAUUUAAAAGUAGCGUCCAUCUCUGUUAUUUUGUUUAGAAUUUAUUCUUCUUUGGCUAUUCUUAUCUUCUUAUUUACUGUUUUACUUGCUUGAAUUAUAGAUCUUUAUUCUCCUUGGUAGGUUGGUUCAACCAUUUCAACCUUAGUUGUUUCCUACAUUUAUUUCCUGUUUAAGGAGAUUAUAUCUGCAUGUCAUCUUUUUAUAGCGACGUAUGGGAUAGCUGAUUCUUUGACAGCUUGUAAUAUGGUGUUUUCUGCUUGACUUGAGUUAGAAUUAUUAUCUACUGAUCUUCCUAACUUAGUUGUAUACUCUAUAGACAUUGAGUGUAUUACUCUUGAUCGUUCAUGAUAGGAUUCUUUAAUAGUACGAUGGAUAGUAUUGUUAUUUGAUUGUUUUAGUUUAAGUAUCGUCGUUAGCAUCCAUAUAUCGACUGUUGUGUAUGUCACAUAUUAGUAUGUUGGAGUUUCUUUCUAUUAUUACUAAGUCUAAAAUGUGGCUAGUCGAGGUGCUUGGAUGUAUCCAGGUGAUGGUUUUCUCUUUCAGUUUAGUAAUAAAGACGUUCAUAAUACUUAGGUUUCGCACACGUUUAUCAGUCUUAUGUCACUUGAUGAUGUCUCAGGUUCAGAUCUUGAGGGAUUUUCUAUAAUGUGAGGGUAAGAAAUAUGAAGGUCUUGGAGUAACCUACUGUUAAAGUUACAUAAUAUUACUUUAGUGUGUUUGCGUAUCUUUAAGUCUUUGAUUGUCCGUUGGAGAGUUAGAUAGAACGGUUCUUUCGUGAUUGGAGGAUUCAGUUGGGGUAUAAUAUUCAUCUAGAAUAAUGGUUCGCUUGGUGGUCGUACAAUAUACUUUAAUUGUGGCUGUCAUGACACUUAUCUCAGUGAAGUCUGUUGCUUCUAUUACUGUUUGUCUGUUGAUGUUGAUGUUUCGGUAGUCGUUAAUAUCAGGGUUUGAGUUGUAGAAUAUAGUAUUAUUAUCUAUAUUAGAGGCCGUACGAGUUUCUGUGAUUACUCUCAUGUGAUACCUACAUCCAACUAUUUGUUCUAUCUGACGGAGUUUGCUUUCUUGAGAUCGACCGGAUAUUGUAGAUGCCAAAUUUAAGUUUUUCAGAUUUCACGGAAUUUUUCGUUGUUCUAAAGUCUUGGGGAGGAAGUAAUAAGGACUAGUGGUGACUCUCCCUGUGCACUAGUCUGGUAACUAUCUCCACCUUUUAUGAUUGUACUGUGCUUCUGUGUAGACUCUGUAGUCAUUUUGCGAGUAUCGGUUGAGUUGGAUACAUUAGCCUGAUCUCCAACACCUGAUUAUUCUGGUGUUAUCAAAUUAAUUUUUUUAAUAUCACAGGUUGCAAGCAGCCGACCAUAACCAAAUGAUAAAAAGUGAAUUUAUGCUGUUCCCAUCGAAUCUUUGUUCUAACCUUCUUCAAGACAAUAAAGAUAAGUAUAUGUAAGGAUAAAUCUGGUUAGCAUGACUUGACAGAGAUGGUAAGACUGUUCUAUUUGACCUGCUUAAAUAUCUGGACUACCUGUUCCUAACAUCUAUAUAUUUCAACAAAUUACUCAAUUUUGUUUGUUUCAGCAUAUCAUUAUGUCUAUCUAUCG